UAAACAAACGGGGCGAACCCGGGUCGUGUAGGGAAAGUUCUCUGCUUGGACAAAGGAAAAGGAGAGAACUUCCGAUUUUACACGAAUUUAGUUUAAUCUCCGGAUUGAAAACCCAAAAAAGACCAAAAAAGAAAUAAAAUUCUUUCAAUAAUAUUUAACGGAGAAGACGUAGUAAUAAGAUUAGAAUGAAAAACAAAGAAGAAACAGAGAAUCGAAAUUUGAUAAGAUUACCAAAUCCAUCUUCUGAAAAUCUAUAAAUUGCCAAUAUUUUAUUUUUAUUCACAAUUCCAUUGUCCCAUUUCCCAGAAAAUUAGGAAUUAAUCCCCUUAUCGCCAAUUCUUCUGUAUAUUUGUUUGGCCCUACCUUUCGGGUUUCUUCGUACACUGGAUUGGUGUGUAUAUUUGGUUGUUGAUUUUGGGGUGCAGCUAUGCAGAGUCAGUUGGUGUGCAGUGGGUGUAGGACAAUUCUUCUUUAUCCUAGAGGAGCUACUAAUGUCUGCUGUGCAGUGUGCAAUGUCCUCACCCCUGUCCCACCUCCUGGAAUGGAAAUGGCUCAACUGAUAUGUGGAGGCUGUCGCACCUUAUUGAUGCAUCCACGUGGGGCAACGAGUGUGAGAUGCGCUUGCUGUCAUACGGUGAACCUUGUGCCAGGUCCUAACCAAUUUGCUCAUGUCAACUGUGGGAACUGUCGUACUAUGCUGAUGUAUCCGUGCGGAGCUCCAUCAGUUAAAUGUGCCAUAUGCCACUGUAUCACACACAUUAGUGCCGUAGAUGGAAGAGUCCCAGUUCCUAUGCACACCUCUAAUGGUGGUGUGACAUCCUCCGCUGGACCCUCUUCUUCAACAGCUACAGCCCGUUCACAGAAUCAAACCGUGGUCGUCCAGAAUCCUAUGUCUUUAGAUGAAAGUGGCAAGUUGGUGAGCAAUGUUGUUGUUGGUGUGACAACGACGACUUAGGAUUAUCUGUGAAAUGCAAUAGCAGAAGUAUUAAGAUUCCUAUGUCUGAAAUGCACCUACUUGAAGGGAGUAAGGUUUUUGUUUGCUUCCGCUGGAUCAAUGAGUAUAGAUGUGGUGCUAUAUAGAUAUGGUACUAUUAGUCCUAGUAUCAAAGCUUUAUAGAUUGAAGAACUGUACCAAUGACCAUCUGUGGUAACAAUGCCAAAGUGAUUGAAGAUUUAGGCUUCAGAAAGGUAUGAUUUUCUGGAGUCGGUAAAUGUUGUCAAAUUAAAUUCUGUGGUGUGAAUAUGCCCGAUGAUCGAAUUACAGAGUGUUGAUUUGUACCAUUUGUCCUGAUGUUAAUAAAAUUUAAUCAAUUUGGUGUA